AUGGCUCCCUCUGCACUCAUUCCACAUGUGCCCCCAGCGGUGAUAGGCCCUACCACCAAGAAGGCCACUCGCCCAACUCGAGCUCUUCCCUGGUCCCUAAUUGAGGGGGCCAAGGUAGAGAGGAAGGUGCCCUUUGAUCCCGACACGCACAUUGUGUUCCAACCUCCAGAGAAGAUCCAUCUUAUGAAAGAAUUGGGUCUCGAGGGCGCUGGCAUCUCUCCUAAUGCAAUCUCCGAGCCUUUCCCGCUCUUCUCGGAGGAUGCAAUCAGGCAGAUGAGGGCCGAGAUCUUCAGUGAGUCGGUCCUAGCAGAUUGUCAAUUCGCCUCAACGUUUUGCACCAACAUGGUUCGCGGGAUGGGACAUAAACGUGCGCCCUUUAUUUGUGAUGCCUGGAAAUCACCCAAAGUUCUGUCCAAGGUCUCCGAGGUCGCCGGUAUCGACCUAAUCCCCGCCUGGGAGUAUGAGAUCGCGAAUAUCAACAUCGCCGUCAAGGAUGACGAUGAAGUUGAUGGCCCUGUCAACGUAACCAAGAGUGCAAAAGAGGAUAACACCGCCGCCUUUGGAUGGCACUAUGAUAGCUUCCCUUUUGUCUGUGUGACGAUGCUUUCCGACUGCACGAACAUGAUUGGUGGCGAAACGGCAAUCCAGUUGCCUUCUGGUGAUAUCAAAAAGGUCCGCGGUCCGGCAAUGGGCUACGCGGUGGUCAUGCAAGGCCGAUAUCUUCACCACCAAGCUCUCAAGGCUAUCGGUGGUCGCGAGCGUAUCUCCAUGGUCACACCCUUCAGACCUAAGGAUCCCCUUGUCCGAGAUGAGAUUCUACUCGUCGGAGUUCGUGGUAUCAGUAAUCUUGCUGAGCUGUACCCUCAGUACUACGACUACCGACUCGAGGUGCUUGAGGAGCGCAUGAGAGCUCGGAGAAAGUCCGAGCGCGCAAGAGAGUCGGCUUACCGUCCGUUCAACCUUGAGGAGGAGAGAGCAUGGAUCCGUGAUCAGAGGGACUAUUUGGACUCAAUGCUGAAUGAGAUGUUUGAGGUUGUGUAG